AUGCUAGCUGAAUGCUCAAAUCGUAGAUUGCUACUGGAGUACCCUUCCCUUCCCUGGCAAAGGCUUCGCAUCGACUUUGCUGGACCAGGUCAGGGAAAGAUGCUCACUGUAGUGAUUGAUACCCACAGCAAGUGGCCGGUGAUUUUUGUGAUGGAGAUCACUACUGCUGAAGAAACCGUUAGCACGCUGCGCUCUCUGUUUGCCCGCAUGGGACUCCCUGACCAGAUAGUAUCAGACAAUGGUCCACAGUUCACAUCUGAAACUUUUAGGAAGUUUGCAACUGCGAAUGGUAUAAAACGUGUCACUGGUGCACCUUAUCACUCAUCAACCAAUGGUCAGGCGGAAAGAUUGGCACAGAGUUUCAAGAAAGGAGUUAAGGCUGACAAGCCCGGUAGAACCCUGCAACACAAGCUUGAUACGUUUCUGUUAGCUUAUCGAUCAGCGCCACAUGUCAUUACUGAGCUUAGCCCUGCACAGCUUCUCCUGGGUCAAAAUGUUAUGAGAAAGUUGGUCCUGAUCAAGCCAGAUGUUACAAGCGAAGUCAACAAGAAGUUGCUCUAG